CUUCGUACUUUUUCACCUUUUGUGUCUCAUCUGUUGCGUUUAUUAUAUUGAAAAAAACGAACUAUUUACGAACUAUACUUUGGAACGGCUUUUUAAACUUGUAUAUUGCGCCGGUCACCCACUGAAUCUGAAAUAAACAAUAACAAAUGAAGUCGGAAACUGAGCUUGAAUAAAAUUAAAAUAUUAUGCCUCUCUUUUAACCAUCAGCUUUCAUCAAUUAAAUAUACGGUAUCGAUUUUUAUUUUUACUAUUCGUUUCACUCUAAUAAUUAUCAUUAUCGAUGUCUGCAAUUGAUCUAUUUGUUUUCUUUAUAUAUGAGAGAAGUUCAUUCACAAGAUUAUGAUUAAAAGAUGGCAUAUCCAGUUAGUCACAAGACUGUAUUUGUAUUAGACCAUGGUCCCAACUUUAUGGGCUCAUGCCAACAAAAUAUGGAGUUUGACAUAUUCACCAAGACUAGACAACCUGGAAUUACACCAUUAGCACCUCUGUCUAAAUCAUUAUGGACAUGUUCAGUUGAAGCAGCAAUUGAAUAUUGUAGAAUAGUAUGGGACAUCUUCCCGACUGAUAAAUUAAUACGUUUUGUUGUAAGUGAUGGAUCUUCUUUAACGCUUAAUAGUUGGUCACAAAAUCAGCAAAGUUUAACUCAUUUAAUGGCAGCACUUGCUCAAGUUGGACCUCCUCAGAGUAUGGCAAGCAAAGAUAGCAGUAUAAUGCAUGGUUUGAAUGCUGCUAUUGAGGCUUUAUGUGAAUGUAGUGAAAUUCAGCAUGAGAAACGCACAUCUCUAACAGAAAAUGCUGCCAAAGUUCUUAAUAAAGGCAGAGUUAUUUGUUUCACUAAUGUAAAAAGUGAUUUAGAAGUUAAUUCCCUAUUAGAGUGUUACCAUGAUGCUCUUGUGGAACAUAACAAGUUGGCUGCUAGUUCUGAUAGCUUGAUGACUAUUCAACAUUGUGAAUUGGUUAUGGUUCAUGUUUAUCCUGUUAACAAGGAAAGUUGUAUAACACAUCUGACAAAAAAGAUGGUUUCACCUUUACUCAGCACAGAACUUCACUGUGUAAAAUCAGGUCGUCACUUAGCAGCUAAACUUGGCCUAUUAGUUCAGCAGCAUUACAAUUUGGCUUCAACAACUGUUACAGGAAUACCCAUGAAGGAAGAACAAAAUGCAAGUUCCUCUGCAAAUUAUGAUGUAGAAUUACUCCAUCCAGCAUCUGCUCAUAAUGAAGUUUUUAAAACAGGUGUUGGUAACACAGAAGGUAUACAAACUGCUGUUAAAGAAGGACAAUUAUAUGAAACAGUGACUUUAAAAUGGUGUACUCCGAGAUCUAGUUCUGUUGAAUUGCAUUACUGUACGUCUUCUUUUCGAAUCACACCAGUUGAUGUGAAUAACAGACCAUCAUCUUGCUUAACCAAUUUUCUUUUAAAUGGACGAGCAGUAAUGCUGGAAAUGCCUCGAAAAUCUGGCUCCAAGGUAUUGUCACAUAUGCUUGCCAGUCAUGGAGGAGAAAUAUUCAUUCAUACUCUUGGUACAGGACGAUCAAUAUUGGAGGACCCUCCAUCAAUAAGUGAAGGAUGUGGUGGUAGAGUGACUGAUUACAGAAUAAAUGAUUUUGGAGAUUUCAUGAAACAAAAUAGACUUGUACCAUUUGAACCUCAGCCAGAUAGAAUUGAAAAUCCUUUAGACAAAGCAAAAAAGAAAUUAGCAAGACUCACACAAUAUUGGCCUAUUGUCAUUGGCCAUACUACCAUAUUCAAUAUGGCUAACACAGUGCCACAAAUAUCACCUUUACUGGAAUUAAUAACCAAAGAAACUCUUGAUCAAAAUGAGGUCACAAACUGUAAAAAAGUAAUUUAUUAUCUUGUGGACUAUGAAAAUAGGGGACUUCCACUGCCUGUACCAACUGUUGGAACAAGGGGAAAAGGGCCUAAAAAGGAAGAAUUGUAUCGACUUAUGUGGAAUGAAUUAGAAGCAUAUGUCAGGUGUCAUUGUUUGACAGCUGAGCACCAAAGUGUACUGGAAUGCUUAUUGGAAUGCCGAAAGCCUAACAUAGAAGGUGAAGGCUCAGCUUCAAUAGCGAGUGUAAAAGCGCAACUUGGAGCUCAGAGUCCUUCUCACUCUCCAAUUAAAAAAUUGGACAAAAUUAAAGAGGAAAAGGAUAUGGAUAUUGACGAACAUAAAGAUACUGAUAGGUCUAGGGCUUAUGAAAAUUUAAGUGAUUCUUUUAAUAAAGUGCCACCUAUAAAAAAGAUUAAACUUAAUCUUGAGGCUAUGAAAACACCCGCUACAAAAUCUUUAUUAUCGCUCUGGACUGAAAGACUGACUGUUGAACAUGAAAAACGUUUUGUUGAAUUUGUUGGUCGGGUUAAUGGUAAUGGACCUGCUAAAUUGUACCCCAAUAUGAAAUCUGAUGGGAAUGGUGAUGGGUCUUAACAUCUAGAAAUAAAGUCUAUAUUUGUCAGGGGUAAAUAGUAUCACAGAUUGUAGAGCAUGAAUUAUACCAUAAAAGUACUCUGCUUUUCAGCUGCCACGAGCUUCAUCUGUCAUUAUGUUCAUUAUUUUAUUUGUACAGUUUAAAUUUGUAAAAAAAUGUUUUGAAUAAAAUUUAUCAUUGUUUUA